AUGUACGUUAAGUCAUUCUUUUGCAAUUUGCUGCUUGCCGGUGCCAUUGCCAGCUUUGCAAACGCCUCGCCUGCAGAGCUAUACCAGAGAGCGGGAUGUUCGACGACCACGACUGUCACGGCGUCUAGGACUGCUACCAAGACUACCACUCAGACGGAAACAACUCAGGUCACCAAAACUGCCACCAGGACUACCACUCAGACGCAAACAGUGUCAACUCAGGUCACCAAAACUCUCACGUCAACUUCCAGAAGCACUCUCACGCUUACAAAAACCAACACGCAACAAGCCAGGACUACCGUCACCUCCACAAUAAUCCAGGGAAUCAGCAAGCAAGUCACGCUCACGGAGACUUUACCAGCAACCUACAUUGCAACAACGACAUUGAUUUCCACUAUCUAUAACAAUGCGCAACUGACAUUGACUGAGACAUUUCCUGCGACGACCACGUUGAUUUCCACCAUUUACGCUAAUGAGCAGUUGACAUUGACUACAACACUUCCCGCGACGGCCACGUUAACUUCCACAAUUUACGCCAAUGAGCAGUUGACGUUAACGCAGACGGAGCAAGCAACAUACACAUCAAUCAUUACAGAAAACCCUACGUAUAUCAGCACGAUUACGCUCAAUCCAACAGAGUACUCUACAAUUACUGAGCUCCCAACCUACAUCAGCACUAUUACUUCAAAUCCAGUUGUCACUGUCACACUCACCGAGACAGGCUCUGCCUCCACCACCCUGACGACUACUCUCCCAGCCACGGAAUAUUCAACUAGCACAAUCACAGAAACUCAAACACAGAGUGCACAAAUCACAUUGACUGAGACGCAGAGUGCUACCUACGUCUCCACGAUCACCGAGACACAAACACAGUCGGCUUCAUUGACCAUUACAACAACGCUUCCAGCUACCGCAUACUCAACCAUCACUGAAACCGAAACUCAAUCUGCAUCGCUGACUCUGACAACCACGCUUCCAGCUACGGCAUUUUCUACGAUCACUGAAACAGAAACACUUAGUGCUCAACUUACCUUGACCGAGACCAAGGGCGCUACCUAUGUUUCGACAAUUACUGAGACCGAAACACAGUCUGCAUCGCUCACUCUAACAACUACCCUUCCAGCUACCGCGUUCUCAACUGUUACGUCAACUGAAACAGCCAGCGCGCAAUUGACUGUGACAGAAACCAAAGGAGCCACCUAUGUCUCGACUAUUACUGAGUUUGCGACCUACACAUCCAAUGCCGCCAUCACAAUCACCAAGACCAAUGACGAGACCACUGUCGUUACUCGCACAAGUGGUGCCUUAAUAACAGUCACUCAAACAACAGGCGCCGUCAUAACUGUCACUCAAACCACUGGGGCUGUGGUUACCACCUACAACUCUGCCACUGUCCGGAACACCGUGACAGCAGUGACAACUGUCACAAGCUCUGUUUGCGCCGUUGCUUCACCUACUUGCGUACCAGGUGCCAUCGUUAAUGGGGGAUUUGAGUCCAGCGCUUCUUCUCCGGCGCCUUGGGUGUCAGAUUUUAUACAAACAACAACCACAGAAUCUAAGAUCUCUCAAUCGAUCAAUCUCUGUGCGGGCUCCUGGGCCACCCUCAUCGCUUACGGAAAAGCAUCGAAUUCAGCCAACACUGCAGUUUGCACCGCUAAAAUCUGCUUCGAUACUGUUUGCCAUUCCCAGUUACUUUCUACAGCCUACCCUACAUCAUCUACGGGAGCACUACAGCUUUCCUACAGCCCUACCGUCUCCGGCCCUGUUGCUAUAAUUGUUUCCGUCACGUGUACGGGCGUUAGCACAGGAAAUGGGAAAGGCACAGUCUCCUUUGACGACAUAUCGGUCUCAUAA